AUGUCUGUCGAGACCAUCACCACCAUCUCGCCCAUCACCAACAAGCCCGUUGUCGUGCGCAAUGGCUUGUCAGACGUCGACCUGCAGCGUCUCCCCGCCGAUGCGGUAGACGCCUUCAAUGCCUUCCGCACGACCACCCUGGAGGAGCGCAAGGCCAUCGUCAAGAAGGCCAUGGACAACCUUGAAGCUCGUACCGACCAGAUCGCCAAGGAGAUCACCGAGCAAAUGGGCCGCCCCAUUGCCUACACCGCGAAGGAGGUUUCGACCGCUGUCAUGCGCGGCCACUACCUCAACAAGGUGGCCGGCGAGGCCUUGGCCUCCACUGAUGGCGAACCUGAGAAGGGCUUCAAGCGCUACAUUAAGAAGGUCCCCGUUGGGCCCGUUCUGAUUCUGUUCCCGUGGAACUAUCCCUACCUUACCCUCAUCAACUCAGUUGUGCCCGCAAUUCUCGCCGGCAACUCCGUUAUCCUGAAGCCGUCCCCGCAGACGCCCACUAGCGCUGAGCACCUGCAGCAGGUUUUCGCUGACGCCGGCCUGCCCCCGAAUGUCAUUCAAUACUUCCACUGCGGCUCAUACACCCAGAUUGAGACGCUCGUUAGGAAUCCUUCUAUCCAAUUGGUGUGUUUCACCGGCUCAGUGGCCGGCGGUCUGGCGGUUCAGCGUGCUGCCAGUGACAGGAUCGAUGUGCGCGUCGGCCUAGAGCUUGGUGGCAAGGACCCUGCUUACAUUCGUCCUGACGUGGACAUCAAGUGGGCUGCCGAGGAAAUUGUCGACGGCGCCGUCUUCAACUCUGGCCAGAGCUGCUGCAGUAUUGAGCGAGUCUAUGUUCAGGAGAGCGUCCACGACGACUUCGUGGCUGCUGUCCAAGACGUUCUCAAGGGUUACAAGCUGGGCGAUCCUUUUGACACGAAGACCCACGUCGGUCCAGUCGUGUCCAAGAGGUCUGCGGAAACAAUCCGCUCUCACAUCAAGGACGCACUGGAAAAGGGUGCAAAGGACGCCACUCCUGACAACGACUCUUUCAAGAACCCGCCUGCCGACGGCAACUUCGUUGCACCUACACUUCUCACCAAUGUCAACCACGGCAUGGCUGUCAUCGCCGAGGAGACGUUUGGCCCGGUCAUUCCUGUCGUCAAGGUGAAGGACGACAAGGAGGCCAUCAGGCUGAUGAACGACAGCCAGUUCGGCCUCACCGCUAGUAUCUGGACCAAGGACGUGGAGAAGGGACACGCGCUAGCAGACGAUGUGGAGGCAGGAACCGUGUUCGUGAACCGUUGCGACUAUCCCGCACCGGACCUUGCAUGGGUGGGCUGGAAGGAGUCAGGCAAAGGACAGACGCUCAGCAAAUUCGGCUUCGACCAAUUCGUCAAGCUCAAGAGCUACCAUGUGAAGGACUACCCCAAAUAG